AGCGAGUGCCAUGGAAAGUCUAAGAGGGGUGCUUGUUCCAGGGUUGCCUGGACAAUGAAGAAUCGGCUGCCACCCCCUCUGUCGUCCCCCAGGCAGGCCCAUGAAUAGCAGGUCUGUUCCAGCAGCUGUAUCCCGGCCCAGCUCCGAGCCUCCGGGAGCUGCGAGCGCUCCGUUCCGCGCUCCGGCUGCACGGCGAGACGCAGACCUGGGAUGGGCACAAGGAUGGCCUCGGAAAGGGACAGCACCAGCCCACAUGGCAUGAAUCCUCACCUCCGGAUCAACGGGCCGAUGAACAUCAACCACUAUGCCACCAAGAAGAGCGUGGCAGAGAGCAUGCUGGACGUGGCCCUGUUCAUGGCCAAUGUCACCCAGCUCAAAGCUGUGCUGGAGCAGGGCACAUCCUUCCAGUACUACGCCACCCUCAUCGUGCUCAUCAGCAUCUCCCUCUUCUUCCAGGUGAUGAUUGGGAUUCUCCUUAUCAUCACUGCUCGUCUGAACCUGAAUGACAUUGCCAAGCAACCCCGCCUGAAUAUACUGAACAACGCUGCCACAGCUCUCAUCUUCAUCACAGUCAUCCUCAACAUCUUCAUCACAGCCUUUGGGGUGCAGAAGACUGGCCUCUACCCUACCAGGAAUUUUGGACCUUAUUAAUUCAUGGGACAAUGGAGUCAGGAUCUGAGCACUGCAGCUCUCCUCCACACUUCCACUGACCUCAGCAGGAGCCCAUGGAUGAAUCCAGAAAACUGGGUUGAACUUCAAAACUCUGUGUGUGUC